CGGGCGGUUCGGGGCUCCGGGGCCCCGCGCGCCGCGUCCCGGGCCGCCGCCUCAGACGCCACUUGUGGAAUUCUUUCCCCCGGCGGCUGUAACUUUAAACCGGCCUGAGCGAGGCCUAUUUUUAUUAAGAAACCAGCGACCGGGGAGAAUGGCUGUGGAGAGCGCUGAGAUGGAGGGCCAGCCCGCCACUUGAAGAUUCCUCACCAAGUGGCCGGGAAGGACCGGCUUGACCUAGGAAUCUUUCUUUGAGAUUUCAAGGUUCUGUCGCCCCCUUCCAGGGUUGGCCGGACUGGUAGGGUCUUUUGACUGAUGGUGCUGCCCGAGCCUGGGGAGCUGUACGUGAAUGAACCGCAUCGCCUGGCCUCAGAGCGCUGACUCUGAGGCCACCACGCAUGAGCCCAGGCCACCACGCAUGAGCCCGGGCCACCCUCCUGCAGAAGUCACUCCAGGAGCUCCUUAGGGACCGGCUUGUGGCGGUGAGGAGCCAGGAGAUGCAUGUAGCAGCCAAGUACCGCCAGGCCUCCCUGUACGUGGGUGACCUCCACGCGGACGUCACCGAGGACCUGCUGUUCAAGAAGUUCAGCGCUGUGGGGCCCGUGCUGUCCAUCCGCAUCUGCAGGGACCUGGUCACCCGCCGCUCUCUGGGCUAUGCCUACGUGAACUUUCUGCAGCUGGCGGAUGCCCAGAAGGCCCUGGACACCAUGAACUUUGACCCGAUAAAGGGCAAAUCCAUCCGUCUCAUGUGGUCUCAGCGUGACGCCUACUUGAGGAAAUCUGGAAUUGGGAACGUGUUCAUCAAGAAUCUGGACAAAUCCAUUGAUAACAAAACCCUUUAUGAGCACUUUUCGUCUUUUGGGAAGAUCCUGUCCUCCAAGGUGAUGAGUGAUGAUCACGGCUCCAGGGGCUACGCGUUUGUGCACUUUCAGAACCAGAUUGCCGCAGACAGGGCCAUCCAGGAGAUGAAUGGGGCACUGCUUAAGGACUGCAGGCUGUUUGUUGGCAGAUUCAAAAGCCGCAAAGAUCGGGAAGCCGAGCUCCAAAACAAAGCCAGUGAGUUCACCAAUGUUUACAUCAAAAACUUCGGAGAUGACAUGGAUGAUGAGAGACUGAGGGAAGUUUUCAGCAAGUAUGGAAAAACCCUGAGUGUUAAGGUGAUGACAGAUUCCAGUGGGAAAUCCAAAGGCUUUGGCUUUGUGAGUUUUGAUAGCCACGAGGCUGCCAAAAAGGCUGUUGAAGAAAUGAAUGGAAAGGACAUAAAUGGACAACUGCUUUUUGUAGGCCGGGCACAAAAGAAAGCAGAGCGACAGGCUGAAUUAAAGCAAAUGUUUGAGCAGCUGAAACAGGAAAGAUUUCGGCGGUGCCGGGGAGCCAAGCUCUAUAUUAAAAACCUGGAUGAGACCAUUGAUGAUGAAAAGCUACGGAGGGAAUUUUCUUCAUUUGGAUCAAUUAGCAGAGUUAAGGUAAUGCAGGAAGAAGGGCGAAGCAAAGGAUUUGGCUUGAUCUGCUUCUCCUCUCCUGAGGAGGCCACUAAAGCAAUGACUGAGAUGAAUGGCCACAUCUUGGGCUCCAAGCCGCUCAACAUCGCCCUGGCCCAGAGGCCCUAAGAGAGGAAAACUUAAUGCACCAGCCAGUGUUUGUAGCAGCUUGGGGGAUGUGAGUGAUCUCUGCCUGAAUCGUCCUCAGUAAAUUUCAAAUCCCAGCUGAUGGCUGCUUAGUUUAGUAAACAUUAUGAUCGAAGGUUUUGUAUACAAAGCUAUUUAUUUUUCUUUGGAGGAAAAAUAAGUGAAUCUUAGAACCUCGGUUCUUUUUAUAGAGGCACAUCAUCUAAUUAUAAUAUGGUAUAUUUUUCUGAUUUUGAU